CUCUUCCCUGCCUUCGAGUUGCUACAUCUAACCAGCCACUACCCUUUUGAACUCCUGGCAACAAAAGGAUUCCAGACCACAAUGAUCGUUACUUCCUGGAUCGUCCUCGGGCUGCUGAGCUGCCUAUGCCAAGCUCUCAAGCCUCCAGUGUCCGCAGGCCUAAGCGCAGAUAACAGCGAUGACGGAAGCCUGCCAUUGCCUGAGAAGAGAGGGAACGUUGAUCGCAGCUUCAUAAGGUUCGGACGCAGCGGCGCCGAAGACAAGAGGGGCGCUGACAAAAGUUUCCUCAGAUUCGGCCGAGCAGGAGGAGACUACGAAGACGAAGAGGGCGCAUCGUUGAUCGCUGACAAGAGGAACCGCAACUUCCUGCGUUUCGGACGCAAUCGCAACUUCCUGCGUUUCGGACGCAACCGCAACUUCUUGAGGUUCGGGCGCUCCGGUCCUGAGGACGUCAGUCUUGAAGAAGGACCCAUCGACGUCCCAAUUCCCGUCCCGGAGGAAUCAACGGAGGUCGACAACUUCCGCAGAUCUGCUCUGUCGAACAGGAACUUUUUGAGAUUCGGUCGUCAAUACAAGAAUUUCCUGCGUUUCGGACGCUCAGUUGACUCUUCUUCGAUCGACUGCGACGGCUGCUGA